AUGUUGUUCAGCUUCUUUUGGGCAAUCAUCAUGACCGCAGCCGCGCUACUCAUAAUCCCGAAAUAUCUCGACUCUCGCAUCGAGCAAGAUAUGGUUGCCAUUCACGGCAAGACACGUGAGCUCCAGACCAAGCUUGACAAUGUCCAACGCCAACUAGACCUAUUGCAAGUAGCACGCUUGAAGGUCAUGGAAGCAAAUCUAGCCCGGCUUCAGAAAUGGUUCGAACUUUUACAGAGAAAAUCGGAAGAGGAGGAGUCAAAUGGAGCCUCCUCGGAUUCAUAG